UUCUGGGACACCAGAUAUAGCUUAAAUUGUGAUUUUCGUCGAUAUUAUUUGUAAACGACAAGCAAAGGUUCCACUACCUAUAAAAACAAAAUUCCACCAAAAUAAACAAAGUCCAUUUUGUUCGAAAAAAAAUGGAAUUGUGCCUACUGUCAAAAACUCGCUAGUUAUAAAUACAUACACUUUUAAUAGCAAAAAAUAAAUGCAGAAAUACAUGUGAAAAUUCCAUCGUGUCUACCGGGUUUUAGUUUGCAUUUUGACUGCCAAAUCUUGCUAAAUUUAAAAUCAGAAACGUCAAUGCAUUUAUAGUUGAUUCCCAAGGAAUUAAUUGAUAGAAUAUAACAGACGCCUGAUUAACUCUUUUUUGAUCGAAAUUGACACGUUCGGCAAUGGGCGAAUGAUCUUAUUUAAUUGGUUUGUUACAUAUUUACUGGCCAGAAAAGAAGAAGAAAUCCUGAUAUUGCUUUGAACAGAGAAAACGACUCUUUUUGAACGUGUAUUUAACGGUUGUGAUUAUCAUUUGUGAUUGAGGCUGCAGAAGUAAGAUUUAAAAGUAAUUUUAAUUGGUUAAUAGGAACAAUAUACCCGUGUUAAAUAUUUUUUUAUUUCCAUUAUAACAAGAUAGAAACGCUGUGACACUAUGAACGGUAAUGACACGUGUUCCGUGAAAGUUGCUGUGCGUGUACGGCCAUUAGUCCCGUUCGAGAUAUCCAGGGGGUGUAAAGAAGUCCUGGAAAUAGUUCCGGAAAAUGAACAAAUUUUAGUACGCCCAAUCGACAAGCCUUUUACGUUUAAUUAUGUCUUGGGCGUUAAUUCCACCCAAGUUGAUUUGUACGAGAGAUGCGUGGAGCCGCUUUUACAAAACUUAUUUGAAGGAUUUAAUGUUACCAUUCUUGCAUAUGGUCAAACUGGAUCUGGAAAAACCCAUUCUAUGGGAACUGCCUAUCAAGGAGAGGCUCAUAUGGGGGUUAUACCUAGGGCUGUGAUACAUAUAUUUGAUUAUAUCAAGGACAAUUUCUCCAUAGAUUUUACUGUUAGUGUGUCUUUUAUUGAGCUUUACAACGAAGGAAUUUUCGAUCUCUUAUCUGAUAAGCCUCGAGACCAAUGUGGAUUAGAAAUUCGCGAAGACGUCAAAGGGAACAUACUUAUACCGAAUUUAACUGAGACAAUUGUAGAAUCUGCCACCCAAGUUUUAGAUAUACUGACGAAGGGUUCCAAUGGACGAGCAACAGCUGCUACAAGCAUGAACUUGCAUAGUUCCAGAAGUCACGCUAUAUUUACCAUUAACAUUGCUAUGCAGCACAAAUUUGAAAGAAAUCAAAAUAAGAACGCAAAAUUACACCUAGUUGACCUAGCUGGAUCCGAGCGACCCAAGAAAACUGGAGCAGUUGGCACUACAUUUAAAGAGGGCGUAAAUAUAAACAAAGGACUUUUUGUGCUGGGAAAUGUUAUCAGCUGUUUAGGAAAUGAUAAAUCGCAACAAAGUUUUGUGCCAUACAGAGACAGUAAUUUAACACGGCUAUUGAAAGACUCCCUUGGAGGUAAUAGUAUGACCCUGAUGAUAGCAUGUGUUAGCCCUGCUGACUAUAAUUUGGAAGAAACUCUUUCGACCUUGAGAUAUGCUGACAGAGCGCGAAAAAUUAAGAACAAACCAGUGAUAAACCAAGACCCCAAAUCUGCAGAAAUUAAUGAAUUAAAGCGGCAGAUCAAACAUUUGCAGUUGCAGAUUGUAGGGCAAGGUGUCCCAGUAGUAACAGAGAUUGAGAGUAAUAAACUCUGUGAAUACAAUAUGUUAAAACUAAAAAUUGGAGAUCUACAUUCCCGCUUGACAGAAUUAGUGAUGGACAAAACAUAUCUGCAUGAAAAAAUAUUAAUUUUGCAAACAGCCAAUGAAGAUGUCACUGAAAAAAUCCAACAAGUUCGCGAAGAAUAUGACUUGGUACUAGAGAAUUUAGGUACAAACAUAGAGAGUAAUGCUGAUGUCAAGGAAAAUGUACUCAAAUUUAGAGAGAUUCGAGAAAAACUAAGUCUUCUGCAGUUAGAACUAGUUAAGACUGAAACUGAAAUGAGAAAGCAUGAAGACUCAUUGAAUAGCAUCUUCAAAACCACGGGGAAGUUAAUGGCUGAAGUGCCAGUAGAAAUUCACGAAAAAGAAGAAACACAUACGGUUCAUCAAAUGCAUCUACAUUCUGAACUGCAGGAUAUUUCUAAACAAUUGGCAAUGAAGGAACAACUGGCCAAACAAUUACAGGCAAACACGAGGUACAUGGUUGACCAUAUGGCAAUGGCUGAAAUAGAAAAAAAAAUCACUACUUUGGAGAAAGAGAAAGAAGAUUUGAUUCAACAGUUGCGCAAUGUUAAAACAUUGGAAGCGUCCGGAAAAAUUGCAGAGCAACGAAGGAAAAGAGUGCAAGAACUUGAACAACAGAUUAAAGACCUCACAAAAAAGGUUCAAGGGCAGUCUCGACUGAUUAAACUCAAAGAGAGAGAUGAACAGCGAAUAACACAGCUUCACCAAGAAAUCACGCAAAUGAAACAAGUCAAAGUAAAAUUGGUCAAAAAUAUGCGAGAGGAGUCCAACAAAUUUCAACAGUGGAAAUUACAAAAGGAAAGAGAAUUAACACGUGUAAAGCAAGAAGAUCAGAAAAAGCAAACUGAAAUAGCAAAAAUUAAGUUAAUGCAUGCUAAUCAGCAGAAUGUGUUGAAACGGAAGUUUGAAGAAGCGGCGGCAUUAAAUAAAAGACUUCAGCAGACUCUGAUUUUGAGGAAACAAGUACAAGAUUCCAAAUUUAAUGGAAAAUUCGAUAAAAUUGGUCCUUUGCUUAAACAAGAAAUAGAGAUCAUGAUGAACCUAAUAGAGUUAGAGACAACAUUAGGUGGAUUGCUAGAUGAUAGAGCAAUUUUACAACAGCAAUUAAAUGAACUGAUGAAGAAUCCGGAAACUGCGGAGUCGAACGAAACAAAAACGAUUAAAGAUGAUAUUGAAUUAAGAUCUGUGCAAAUUCAAGAUUUACAACUGAAGUUGGUGGAUUUUGAUGAAGAGAAACCAAAAAUUAGGUUUGAUGGAAUCCAAUCCAUGGCAGAGGCAAAAUAUGCGCUCAAAUUUUUGUUUGAGCAAUCCGAACAAUUUUUCAAGAAAUAUGUUCAGUGCAAAAAUAAAUGUAGCGAAUUGAUGGAGAUUAAUAACGUACUUUCAGAGAAAAAUGAAAGAGACGCCCAUACCUUAAAACUGACUGAAGACAAAUAUAGGGAUAUCCUGUCCAACCAGCAACAGGUGUAUGAAGAAAAGGUGGCGAUAUUAUUGAGGCAACUUAGAGGAAUCGAAAAUGGAAGCCAAAAUGGCGAUUCCGGAUUGUCUCGAUGCCAGAUUCAAGAGGAAUUAAUUGAGAAACAAGAAAAACAGAUAGAAGAGCAGCAAAAACUCAUAAAUAAGUUAAAGAAUAAAUUAGAAGAGAAUGAGAAAGCCAAUUUGGAGGAUGUCCCGAUAUCCCAAAAUUCGAGGAAAACAAACAAAUCGACUGUUGUUGAGAGCAUUGAGGAAGAUGAUAAACUUGCAGAACCUAUAGACGCAUCAGAAUCUGAAGAUUCGUUCAGCGACGAUCUUAUUAAUGAUCCUGAUUGGCGAAAAACGCCAUUAGGGAAGCGAGUAAUAGCGGAAAAGAAGCAAAUUAUCAGACAAAGUCAGAUUUCGGUACAAGAUUUAAGCAGGGGACGGAAACGUUUGUCGGACGAUGGAUGCACUUGCAAAACAAAAUGUAACAGUGUCAGAUGCGGCUGUAGAAAACCGAAUAAAAAAUGCAUGAGCACUUGCAAAUGCGAUGCAUCCGUAUGCGAAAAUAGGACGUCUUCGUCCACUAAUGCUGAAGUGGAUCAAGCUGCUUCCGAGUUGAUCCAUGAUUUUAAGAGGCCUAGGGUGGAUGAAGAAAUGGAAAGUCAGAUUGCUAGGCGGCGUCAAGUGCCCAAAAAACUAUUUAUCCCACAAUGAUUUUAACUAUGUGAGAGUGGACGAAGAAAUGAAAAGCCAAAUUGGUUUGCGACGUUAAGUGCCCAAAAAAAACUAUUCGUCUGAGAAUAUUGUUUUAAAUAUGUCACUGUUAGUACUUUUCGGUAGUUUUAAUACUUUGAACUGUGAUUAUGAUGCCCCAUUUUCGAUAGUUUUUUCCUUACGUGGUGGAUAUUUAUAUACAAAAAACUAUACAUCCUACAAUUAUCUUGAAUCUGUGAUUGUUAGUAUCUUAAUUUUAAGUGUGAUUAUGAAUAAUCUCUGUGAGAAAAACUAUUCAUCAUACAAAUAUCUUACAUAUGCGACUGUUAGUAUGUUCAUUUCAUUUUCGUUAUUUUUACAUUGUAUCGUGGAUAUUUAUAAUCUGUAUUACAAAAAAGAAUAUUUAUUAAAUUUUGAUUUUUGAUUAUAUUUUGUAUAAUUUUAUUUACAGUUUAGCCAAUUUACAAAACUUUUACAUUCAUUAAAGGCACAGAAACCAGAACAAAAUAUAACAAUUGCAAUAAAUAGAAUUAACUGGAUGCAUUCAAACGGAACACAUCACAAAUUCGCGGAGGCUGCCGACAAAAAGAUCAAGCUUUACACAUUUGCACGCUUUCAGCAUUCUAGUAAGGAGUGAAUAAACUCCAUGCGCGAUGGUAAGGUAUGCGGAACAUUGAGUUAUCUGUAAUAUGCGUUAAAUUGUAUGCUAUGUAAAAGACCUGGAUGAUAAUACCAACCAUUCAAAAUCUUAGAGAAAAACUAUAUCACUCCAAAAUCUUCUGGUUUGAAGAGUAUCAAUAUUGAAGGCCUUGGUUAUAAUACUGUAGUUGAUAUGCGCCUUUGAAGCCAAAGAUCUUAAAAAUACUUUUUGAACGGCUUCAAUGUUAUCUAUAUGGCAGUCAUCAUAUGGAGACUGUACCACAAAUGCAUACUCCGGUCUAGAGCGAACCAAAGAGAUAUAAAGGAGUAUAAAGCAAUAUGGAGUAAGUUGACCACCCUUGCGUAAAACAAACCUAAGGACUCACAUAGACCUGUUAGUUCAGAAUCAAAGAAAACACCAAAGUCUUUAAUGCUAGUGACAGCCUUGAUCUCGACUCUCAAUGCUAUAUUGGUUGUGAACCAUACUCGAUGAACGACUAAAGCUAAUACAACGUUUUUUUACAUUAAACACAAGGCUAGUAAACUUAGACCACAUGCAAACACUGUCCUUGUCCCUCUGAAGCAGCAGAGCAUCCUUGCUCCAUUCAAUCCUCCUGAAUAUCUUCAAAUCAUCCGCAAACAAAAGACACUGCGAUUCCCAAACUGCACUAACAAUAUCAUUUAUAAACAAAUUAAAAAAGAUGGGUUCAGUGUGACAAUAAAUAUAAUAUAUACCCGAGACAUAAUUAUCAAUUCGAAUCAACUGAGUAUGACCCCACAGGGAACACUAAAUCCACUGCACCAGCCCAGGCCCAUAGCUCUAACUUAGAAACAAGAUGCUCAUAACUCACCCGGCCACUUGACCAAGCCUAUCAAAGACGUUCAAUACAAAUUGUUUUUAGGCGAGUAAAUUUGUUACUACCCUGUAUAAAUCCAUGCAGUUGAUCAGCCAGAAUUCUCCUGCAAUGCCAAGUUUCUCACAAAAUAACUUAUCGUCCAGUUUAGGAACCACCGACUGUAUGCAACUGUCUCUAUAAUUAGCGACAUAGCUCUUAUCACCACUCAUGAAUCUGUAACAAAUAGUCAACCUUCCAAAAGUCAGGAAUACCUGUAAAGUACACACGCAAUUCUUAAUCAAGACUGAUAGAAUCCCAUGGAGUUAAAGUCUAAACUGUAGUCAAAAUUAUAAUUAGGAAUCACGCAAUCUAACGUUCCAGUGCACCCAGUAUUUAAAUAUUCAAACGGCCUAAAAGUUUCUCAAAGGAUGCCCGAAGUCCCACUGGAUUUGAUAAUGUUUUUGUAUAUGUAUAGUAUUUUUAUAGCUGAGCUUAAGCGACUGAGAACAGGUGCACAUUCUAUUUUUUGUUUUCCAAUCUGCUUUUAUAGGCUAUUUUGAUUUUACAUACAGCCACAAAAAGUAGAAAAUUAAAUUUAUUGGAAGCAUAUGAGACAUCCAAAUGUAUUGCUUAACGAUCGAUUAGAUUUAAAUACCUCUCCUUUAUUGAACUUAAAUUCUCACAACAACUUUAAUUAUGGUUUUAUUGUCAUUUUUCGGUAUAUAUCGUAGCAGGUAGUUUGUAAAUAUUACAAUUGAUAAAGACACGGUGUUGU